UGUGACGUCAUCACGCUUUCUGGCGUCGUUGCUAGCCGCUACGGUUUCUCUCCGUCUCGGUUCUUCCCAGCAGAAAAACAAACAAACAGAUAACGAACUAAUUCACUCCUUAUUCCUAAUUCACUUCUUAUUCACUCCGUAACUCGAACUAUUUGACAGCGGGAGAACCCAGCGGCCGCCCGGCGUCAUGUCCACCGCUCUGGAGAGCUACAUCAACCGAACCGUCGCCAUCAUCACCUCCGACGGCCGCAUGAUCGUGGGCACUCUGAAGGGCUUUGACCAGACCAUCAACCUGAUCCUGGAUGAGAGCCAUGAGCGGGUGUUCAGCUCCAGUCAGGGGGUGGAGCAGGUGGUCCUGGGCCUCUACAUCGUCAGGGGGGACAACGUGGCGGUGAUCGGGGAGAUCGAUGAGGAGACAGACUCCACUCUGGAUUUGGGGAACAUCCGAGCCGAGCCGCUCAACUCCGUCGUCCACUGACCUCCGACCCCUCGUCUCCACGGCAACAGGAGACUGCUGUGCGUGCGUGUGUGUGUGUGUGUGUGUGUGUGUGUGUUGUACUUUUAUGAAUGAAGAAGCAAACUGAAGUUUUUUUCUACUCUGAGUUCAAUAAAGUUUAGUUUUUCAUUUGGUAAAA